AUGGCUCACGGAGAACCAGUAAAAGGAAGUCUAUUCAUCUACGCCCCGAACAAAUGGGCUCCGGUAAUAUUUGCAGUGGGCUUUGCGGCCUUGGGACUCAUCCACACAUGGCAAUGUCGUCAUUACAACUGUUUCAAAACUAUGUGGCUGCACCUGGUCUGCUGCUUCAUGUUUACUGCCGGGUUUGCCUUGCGUCAAUACGGCUCUUUCAACUACAUUGACUCGGAGGACAGGACCAAUCUCUACUUCUACAUUGGCAGCACAUGUUUGAUCUACAUGGCUCCUCCACUCCUCGAACUGGCCAACUACCACAUCCUCGGUCGCGUACUGUUCUAUGUGCCCUACCACUCUCCCAUGCACCCCGGCCGCGUUCUCACCACCUUCGGCAUGCUCUCGGUCGUAGUCGAGGUCAUGAACGCCCUGGGUGUGUCCAACAUUUCCAACAACCGGCUCCCCGAGGACCGUCAGAAACUCGGCCACAUCCUGAUGAAGACUUCUCUGAUCGUGCAGGUGGCCGUACUGUUGCUUUUCUGUGUUCUCGCGGGUCUUUUCCAGUAUCGCUGCGCCAAAGGUAAUAUCAGGUCAAAGCGUGUCUCCGCUCCGCUCUGGACUCUCUAUGCCAGUACCCUUCUAAUCCUGGUCCGAUGCAUCUAUCGCAUCAUCGAGCACUUUGGCAUCUCAUCGAUUAACCCAACGAAUGCCAAGGCGGAGGACCUCAGUCCGAUCCUGCGAUAUGAGUGGUUCUUCUACGGCUUCGAGGCGACGCUCAUGCUCAUCAAUAACUUGCUGUGGAGCGCAAUGCAUCCGAGACGCUACCUGCCCCAGCACCGCAACAUCUACCUUGCCCAGGAUGGAGUCACUGAGCUCGAGGGCCCAGGAUGGAAGGAUAACCGAUCGUUCCUCGUCACGCUUCUGGAUCCAUUUGGGUGGCUAGAUUCAAAGAAGGACCAGCCUCCGUUCUGGGAAAAGAAUGGCCAUGCCAAGGUCCAGGAUGAUCAUGUUUGA